AAAAAAAACUUUAGUGCCACUACUAUUAGCAAUAGCCGGUUACAAAUAGCAGUCGCACCCCACUUCGCCCACUCUUCUCCUUAUUUCUCUCCAGAAUCCGCGAAAUAUACACGCCUCCCCACUACUUCUUCAAGUACUACUAUUUUCUCUCUCUUCUUUUCUCCAUCUUUAAAGCUUCUCAUCUGUAACCGCCGAAACAUUUGCCGCCUUUUCACAUCUAAUUUUCUUUCCCAUCACACCUUACGUGCUUUCUUGUGUUUUAAUCACGGAAAAAUUUAUGGCUGAAGAUUUAGACGACGGUGAGUUUUGGCUACCUUCUCAUUUUCUCACCGACGAUGAUAUUCUUAUGGAUUUCGAUUUUCAACCUUCUAAACAUAUUCAAACUUCCGAUUCUAAUUCCGAUCUAGACUUCACAUCUGGGUCUACUGAAACUGAGAGUGAUGAAGAAGAUAUAUUACUCACUGGGUUAACUCGUCAAUUAACUUUACAAGAUUCUUCUUGUCCUGUUCAUUCUAAGGGUACGGUGUUAUCGAGUUCACCACAAUCAACGUUGUUUGGGUGUUUAUGUCAACAGAGUUCGAGCAGAGAAAGCCAAAGUGGUCCAAUAUCUCCACCGCAACCACAACCACAAGACAAGGAAAACAACAACAACAAUAACAAAAAUGAUACGUUGGAUCUGCUUAAUAAAGCGGCGGGUGAAGUGGCUAGAUUAAAACUUAAGACUGAAAAAAGUAGUGGAACUGGGUUUUUUGAUUGUAGUCAAAAAGGAGUUUUAUAUCCUUCUCCUAUUACAAAUAUUGACACUUUUCCACCUCUUUUUUAUCAACCACAAUUCCACCAUUUCUCUCAUAUGGUGUGGGCACCUCAGUAUAAUCAACCACCUAAGCAGCAGCCGCAAAACAGAGCAACCAACAACAACAACAACAACAAGAGCAAUAACAACAAGAGUAGCACUACUCGUCCUUUAGGGCUGCCACCUUCUGCUUGGCCUCCCCUUCAAGCCCAAGUCCAGGCCCAAACCCAAGCCCAAGUACAAGCCCAGGCCCAAAACCAGGCCCCUGUUAUGGCGCCGGGGCCAAUCUUUGUUGGGCCUAAGAGGGAAUGUGUUGGUACGGGUGUUUUCUUGCCCCGCCGUGUCACCACCCCAACUGAAGCCCGCAAAAAAUCUGAUGGGAAUAGCACAAAGACGAAAAAUGGGAAAGGUUCACAGUUGCAGUCAAACCACCGACGAAAUUCUCGUACAACAUCAACGGUGAAUCCUAAUGAAAUCCAGCUGCCACAGGAGUGGACCUAUUGAUAAAAUUUGGGAGUUAGGACACUCCCUGUAUUCGUGGGUGAUUUUAGCUGGGGAAUGUUUGUUUGAAAUUUGAAUCAUAUAUUCAUAUGUAGUAGUCGUAGUAGUAGUGGUCGUCGUGGUUGAUAAUUAGUAACCAUCAUAGGAAUAGUAGAAAAUUUAUAGGAUUAGUAAUUGAAGCGUGAUCAAAAUAAUGAUGAAUUGGGUAUAUCUGAUUCUCUAAUAAAAUUACGCUAGUGUGAUUAUUAAGUUUGGCUCCUUGGGUGGAUGUUUUCUUGUACCCAUGGAGUUUGUCCGACUAAUAAAAUCAUCAAUUAAUCAAGGAGGGGGGGUUGGGUUUUUUUUUUUUUUUGAAUUUUACAUAUUUUUGUAUUUUUCUGGUGAUUUCAUUGUAAUUUCCAGAUGUUAUAAAGAUAAGGUUUGUGUGCUUAGUAGUAGUGUUACAAAAUUUUUGGUUCUUGUAGGGGGAGGGUUUUGUAAUUUGAUUUCGUGUGAAAUUGAUGUUUAACCUUUCUACACAAAAAGAAAUUGUAAGUAGAAAGGUAAAAUCAAUAAAAACUAUUGCUACUGCUAUUGUGAUAAUAAUAUGGUACCUAAAUUUGUUAAAUGUUA